CUUUUACCAAAUCGGCUAUCCAUUGCGACGCCGCUGUCUCCUGCGCUUUCGGUCUGCCGCAUCGGGGACCUGCGAUCUUUUUGGCUCCCCUGGCCCAUAUAACUUGGUUUUUACUGUCGGUAAUUUGACAUAUGUGAUUUAUCAUGAUAGAAGUUGACUAAGGGGCUUGUAGAUUUUAGGUUUUCUCCUUGAUUUACUAACCGGUUUGGCGGGACUACAUCGGGUUAACAAUACGACAAGCUAAAAGCUAACGCGGCUAGCGCUGAGACAGAGGCCAGCUUGUUUUUUCAGGGAGCUAACACAGCUAGCUUAGCAAGCUACCGCGGCUGUCAUGGAAGACAAAUCUUUUACUAAAGAACUAGACCAAUGGGUCGAACAGCUAAACGAGUGUAAGCAGCUAUCGGAAAACCAAGUCAGGACACUUUGUGAGAAGGCCAAGGAAAUUCUGACCAAGGAGUCCAACGUUCAAGAGGUGCGAUGCCCGGUGACGGUGUGUGGCGACGUUCAUGGUCAAUUCCAUGACCUCAUGGAGUUGUUUAAGAUUGGAGGCAAGUCUCCCGACACCAACUACCUGUUCAUGGGAGACUAUGUAGACAGAGGCUACUACUCUGUGGAGACGGUCACGCUGCUCGUCACAUUAAAGGUUCGCUUCCCAGAGCGAAUCACCAUCCUGCGAGGGAACCACGAGUCACGGCAGAUCACACAGGUCUAUGGCUUCUAUGAUGAGUGCCUGAGGAAGUAUGGCAAUGCCAAUGUUUGGAAGUAUUUCACAGACCUGUUUGACUACUUGCCACUCACUGCGCUGGUUGAUGGACAGAUCUUCUGUCUCCACGGAGGUUUGUCUCCCUCCAUAGACACUCUGGAUCACAUACGAGCUCUGGACCGUCUCCAAGAAGUCCCACAUGAGGGCCCAAUGUGUGACCUGCUGUGGUCAGACCCCGAUGAUCGUGGUGGGUGGGGCAUCUCUCCUCGUGGUGCUGGUUACACCUUCGGACAGGAUAUCUCAGAAACCUUUAACCACGCCAAUGGCCUCACCCUGGUAUCCCGUGCCCAUCAGCUGGUCAUGGAGGGCUACAACUGGGGCCAUGACAAGAAUGUGGUGACCAUCUUCAGUGCUCCAAACUACUGCUACCGCUGUGGAAACCAGGCGGCCAUCAUGGAACUGGAUGACACUCUGAAAUACUCUUUUCUUCAGUUUGACCCGGCUCCACGCCGUGGCGAGCCCCAUGUGACCAGACGCACUCCCGACUACUUCCUGUGAAUGUCCAAAGCCAUCCCUACCAAUCAUCCACAAUGCUCCACCACCUCCACAUACCUCCCAUUUUUGGAUGUAAAGAAGAUACUAAUAACAUUGAUGAUGGUGAUGAUAAUGAAACUGUUCUAGAGAGAAUAAAAACAAUUGGCAGAUGAAUCCCAGAUUUUUAACAAAGACAAACUUUAAGAGUGGCCCCCUCUACAGUCAUGUCUUCAAUAUGCUGUCAUUAAUGCUGUGCUUCUGAAGAAAAACACGUACAAAUGCAAUUAUCUGUUUCCUUUCUUUUUGUUUCUUACAUGUUUGAAAAUGAGAUAAUAAAACUACCAACGUGGACCAAAUGUGCCAUAUUCUGAUCCUUUAACAACAUGUUUUUCAUUUCUUUGUUUGUUUUUUUCUUUAACCCAACUAUGACCCCACCCUACCUGAUGUCACUUUCACUCAUCACAUCUCAUGGCAUAUAUACAGUAUGUGCUUUUUUUCUGUUGCAAGAUCAUUUUAAAAAAGGAGGAAACAUUAAAAAAAAGAAGUUUGCUUUAAGUAGUACAGCUGUCAGUUUUAGCUGUCCAGACUGCAGCCAGUGGUCAUCUCAGCAAGUAUAUUACUGUAAUUUGAAUAAAUCAACAGACGUAUGAAAUAAAAUGUCCUAUUGACAAACUA